UUAAUUCAAACUGUUAAUUGUUCUCGCCGAUUUAACUUGAUUAGUUGUGAUCGUUUUUUUUUAUUCUGUUUAAAAUGGCUUUAGCUUUGAAACUUAAUUAUGUUGAUUGUUGGGCUCCAAUUACAGCCUUACAUAUACAUGAUGAUUAUUUGUUUACCGGGUCGGGAAAUAAACUUGAAUUAUGGCCUAUUGGUGAGCUUGAGAAACCAUGGAAAUCUCUUGCAAGUAAACGAUUAUUUAGUCCAUUCUCUAUCCAUGGAAUACAAACCAGAUCUAUUGAUGAUGAUCUAUUUGUGAUCGUUAGUGGUAAUCGUUAUUUAGUUGUUCUCCAAGUGAUAAAAGACGUAUUUAUCCGAAAUUCAGUCAGUUUAGAAUUUGUUAACGAAUUAAUUUUCUUGGAGAAAUGGAUAACAACAAUCAAACUUCACCAUGAUGUUAUUUUCGCUGUUCUAUCUGAUAAUUCAUUUGUAACAGUUGAUAUGGAAACUUGGAAGAUUUCAGAGAAAAUUUCAUCUCCUGUCCAGUGUAUCAUUUACUCUGCUCGAAUUUUGUCAAUUGAUUCUUCUGAGAAUAUUUUUAUUGCCUCUGGAACACCUUUUAAAACAACAUCAAUCUGGUGUUACAAAAAUGGAUCGACCAACAUAAUUUCCACACUUAAUCACCAUGAAGGCGCUGUUUUUGCAAUUGAAUACGAUUAUUCAUCUAACACUUUGUUCACUGCCUCAGAUGAUCGGUGUAUAAACGUUUGGUCCCAUUUAAAUUGUUUAAUUGGUGAUGCAUCUUCAUGGGCUUCAAGUAAAUUUAUCCUUCUCCAUCAACUUUAUAGUCACACUGCGAGAAUAUUUUCCUUAACAACACUGGAUGGUUAUCUAAUUAGUUGCGGUGAAAAUGAAGAGAUUUGUAUCUGGUCAUUUUAUUCUGGAGCUUUAAUGUACAAAACAAAUAAUUCCGAUGGAUCAUCGCUAUGGUGUCUUGCCACUUCGCCCAAACAAGGAGCCGUAUAUGUUGGAUCCAAUGAUACAAGUGUAAAAAGGUUUUCUCUUAAAGGUAAAUUAGCUCAAUCUGAACGGAUUUCAGGUAAUUGUUUAUCAUCUUUACCAAAAUUCAUCUCUUACCUGAAUUCAUCUUCAUCCACCGAUCCCAAUUUACUCUGUGUAACCGACAAUGGGCAAUGUUCAAUUCUCCAUGUUAACAAUGGUACAAUCAUCAUGGACCGAUCAAUAUAUUUAAGUGAAACUUUUGAAUCUUAUUGUGUUGGCUGUCUAAGUGAUCAGAAUACAUUUUAUUGUGCCAAUAGAUUUGGUAUUGUUAAAGCAAUUACCUUACCCUCUAUGGUUGAAAAAUAUUCAUUCCAAGCUCAUGAUGGUAAAAUUUUAUCAUGUCUCCUUAUAAAUAAAAUUUUACUCACUUCUGGGCUUAAUGGUUCAAUCAAAUUAUGGUAUAAUCAAGCAAUGGUUAAUGAUUAUGAAAUGAACCCAUGUAGACAUCGUUGGGUUAAUUGUGCUCUAUUUGACAACUAUCGUUUAAUUGUCGGAGAUGCCAGUGGUAAUCUUUCCGUUUUCUCAAAUAAACAAAUAACAUCAAUCCAGUCACUCCGAGCAGUUCAUGAUAAGCAUGGUAUUACUGAUCUGAAAUUUCACCCUGAAUUCAGGAAGACCCUUUUCUCUAGUGGUAGAGAUGGAAAAGUAAUUGAAUAUCUUUGGAAUGGUGAAACAUUAACCAAACUCCGUUUAGUCCCAAUAAAAAACGAUUUUGAUUGGAUUGAAAGGAUUUCAUUUGACUCUGAUCAUGAACUUACUCUUGUUGGUUUUUCAUCUGAUAAUUUUGUCGUUUGGAGGAAAGUUGAUUCAUCUCGCUUGUGGACAGUUAAUUGUGGAGGUGGUCAUCGUAUUUGGGAUUUUAAGAUUGUCAAUGAUUCACUUAAUUUCUCCUAUUAUAGUAAAUCUGAUCUACACUUUAUUUCCCGUCUAUUUACACCACUGGACAUGGCAAAUCCUUACAUUAAGUCCAAAUUUCAUUCGAGUAAAAUUAACUGUAGCUGCUUGAUUGAUUAUGACGAGCCUGUGGCUAUCAUUGCCACUGGAGGUGAAGAUUGUAAUAUAGUUUUAAGUCAAUUCAAUUCUGUCACUGGGCAUUUAAAAAACACCGAUAAUUGUAAAGGUCAUAUAAGUGCAGUUCGAGCCUUGGCCGCAAUCAAAAAGCCCGAUGGAUCUGUACUCAUGGUAUCUGCUGGUGGACAAUCUCAGUUAAUUGUUUGGUCAAUAACAAUUCGUAAAGGACAACGAAUGGUUAUUGUUCAAGUUUACAAUAAUCUUGUGGACGAUAAAAAUAGAGGACAACAUUUACGUUCAGCCUUAGAGAAAAACAAUGACCCAAUAUCCCGUUAUUUAACAAUUAACAUUGUGGAAUCACAAUCAUCGGGUGGCUAUUUAAUCUCAGUGACCAGUUCAGAUUCAUUUAUCAAAAUGUUCUCAUUAAUUGAAAACAGUUUGAGCCCGUUUAAAGAGAUCAAAGUUUGCAAUUAUUGUCCAUUGGCUUUACAUCGUAUCAAUGAUACUCUAAUUACUGGAUCAAAUGAUGGUGACCUAAGAUUUUGGAUAAUCAACAAUCAAGUGAAAAAAAUCAACAAUGUUGAAACUCUUGAAUCUCAAAUUGAACAAUUAAACAUUUCAAGGUUUAAACAAAAAAAUAGCUUAUCCUCUCAUGAAGCAGGAAUCAAUUGUAUUGAUUCAAAAUUAAUCAAAGAUGAUAUUUGGCUAAUUGUUUCCUCUGGUGAUGAUGCAGUACUAACUGCAUCCCUAAUUAGAUUGGUUGGUGGGUAUAUUGAGUUAAUUGUCCAAAAAAGAGUUGGUACCAUUCAUUGUUCACAAAUAUCAGUUGUGUCAAUUUUCGAUGAUGUAUCACUUCUCACAUGUUCAAUUGACCAGAAGAUCGCUAUAUGGAGCUAUUCAGUAAAUUCUGAUGCGAAUGAUAUAACAAUUCAUCCAAUUUUAUCUCGCUUAAUCUCUGUUGCUGACAUUUCAUCUUCAACUAUACUCUAUGUCAAGCCUGAUCGUUUUGUGAUAAUCACUGGAGUUGGAAUUGAAAUACUCAAAGUAUCAGAAUAAAUUGUAACAAACCCUAUGGGAAUAUUCAAUAACUUUUUUAUAUACAAGGAAAAUGUGCUUAACUAAUAACAAUUUAAAAGUUCAAUAUCAUGUUUUCUAAUCCAUUGAUAUUGCACAUGCUAACCUUUUGGAACCACUAAUUAUUUCAUUUGACACUAAUUAUCCUAUUAACUGGCCACUAUUCAUUGUAUCAAUUCAAUCACCAUGAAAACCACCAUGGGGACUAUUCAUCUUAUCUCAUCAACUUUAAGAUGUUCAUCUUCAGCAAGAAAACUGCAAUAACUUUUGACCAAAUGGAGAAGGCAACAAAUUGACAGAGAUGAAUUAUCAUUUAAUUAACUUGAACAAACAAUAUUAAGUUAAUUGUGCAAAGUUAAGCAUAAAAAUGAAGCCACCAUUUAAUCAGAAUGCGAAAGAAAAAUUAUUCCAACUCAAUUGGAAAGAGGAAAACUUAUUUCAUGAGAAAAUUAUUUCCAUCAUGAUAAUGUGAUAUUCACAAGAUGAUAAUAUUUCUGUGUUCAAUUGAAUUCAUUUCAUUUUUUUUGUUCUUUUUGAACAACAAUUUAAUAACAUUAUCAUAAUCAAUUCCUUUUACUAUUAUUAUUAUUAUAUUAAUAGAAAAUUCAUUUUCA